AUGGCGCCGGACGUUGAAACCCUGAGCUCUCCUGCUAUUCGGAGUGCGGGCAGCUUGCAAGCAUCCUCGCCGAAGGAUGGUCCACUAGAGUUCAAAGGCAUAUCAAGUUCAGAUUGGGGCGCUGCCCUGUCUGCAUCAGGUAGUAUCCAUCUGGACGGUGAAGGCACUAUGGUCUUUGAGAACCUGCGAAGCUCCGGAGCAUCUGUAGCACACAGCCAUUUUUUCGAUGUGAACAGCACGGUAGCCCACUUACAGGUUCGCAAUGUCACUGCCGAACGUGGGUCCGGGGCCAUCUAUGGGGGUGGCCAAGUUCACAUUGACAGCAAUGGCACCGUGCUUUUCGAGAACUGCACCUGCAAACGCCGGGGGGCUGCCAUUGCAAGCAUCGGCCAAUUGAAGCUGACAGGAGACGCAGUAUUUGUCUUCGCAAAGUGCAACAGCACCACUGCCGGAGUGGCAGGAGGUGGUGCCCUGUCGAGCUUUGCAGAUGUGGUGCUGCAGCUUGGCACGAACGGAUCCGCCGUUUUCAGGCAGUGUUGGGCAGAAGGCUCUGGCGGUGCCAUCUACAGUGGCAGCGACAUGAACGUCACUGGCGGAAGCAUCUCUUUCGAGGGCUGCCGUGCCGGGAGCGGAAAUGGACAUGCAGUAGCGGCAGGCAACGGCCUCCUCCAGAUCAGUGAGCUGACCAUGGUCGCGCUUGAAGGCAUGGAGAGCUACGUCGGCUCGCCCAUUUUCGCUCGCAGUGCAGCCAUCCCAGUUGGUGGGGACCUCCUCCCGGAGGAUGUGUUUCAACUGGAGGAGCUGAUGGCAACGAAGCCAGCCAGCCAGGGUGACGACACAUGUCCGGCAGGUUCUAGAUUCACUCUUGACAGAACCGGCGCCCCAAUCCCCGGCAAGUGCUGGAUGUGUGGAUCCGGGACGGUGUCGCUGGCGACUUCAAUUGUGCAGGUUGAAGGCCAAGUUGCGAAUUCUGAAGACGGUAUGCGCAUUGUUCUCGUUGGGCGAGGAUCUCCCAAUGCCAUCCAGCCCUUCCGGUCGGACAACAGAUCGAACGGAGAGAGCUCGAAACAAUGCAAAGGCCCUGGCUGUUGCUUGGGCCUCGCCCGUGGUGAGUGGGAGCCCGGUUGGGACAUCUUUCCGGUCACUCUGGGACAGCAGAAUGAGUCGGCAUUCACUUUUGAUCGUGGCAUCUUCAGGACUGCAGAAGGCUGGAUGCUUGCUGUGCCUUAUAACUCCUACGUUCCCAACACCCCGGUGGCCUUCAUCAAGGGCUUGGACGGCCUUCCUUGGAGCAAAAGCAGCGAGACAGGCAUGUUCCAAGUGGACGAGCGUGGCCAUAUCAGCCCGACACAAGCCCCGGAUCUGGUUUUUGGCAUUGAUCAUGAGGUGAGCUACGCUUUUCGACCCAAAAACCCUUACUUGGCUUGCCUCCCGUGCCAUGACGUUGCAAGCGAGAUGGCAGACAAGACUCAGUGCCGCGGUGGAACAUCAGCAAGCUCGCUUCGAGGCUACAUGCUCCUUCACGUAGCAGGGAAGCAGAGGCUAGACGUCCAUUACUGCCCCAACCGCGUGGCCUGUCCUGGCAGCAACCUCAGCCUCACUAGUACCGGCGAGCUAGCUUCUCGGAGUAGGCUCUGCGCCAAAGGCUACCAGAGCAGCCCGGGCUGCGUCCGCUGCGCAUCCGGCUACGGCCGACCUUUCCUGGAUCCCUUCACUUGCCAUCCCUGUGGAGGAUGGUCUUUGCUGCAGCAGGUGGGCAUGGCUGUUCUCUCCAGCGGCCUCUUUUACGCCCUGGCUCUCAGCUCUGCCAGACCGCGCACCGACACGCAGCAGAUCUUCAAGGUUUUCCUGGCAUUCCUCACCAUCUCUUGCCGGAGUCUCUCAGCCUUGCCCAACACGCGGCACUACAAGAGAUUGAAAGAUGACAUCUAUGCCUCUGCUCAGGCGCUGUACCGCUGCCUCUUUGCGGUGGACCUGGUGAUCAGCACCGAGCCAGGGUCUAUGAACUCCGCCUACGACUGCUGGGGAUUGGUUGAUGGUCCAGUAAACUUGUACUGGAACAUCUUCCUAUCGUGGUCCAUCCCGACAGCUUUGCUGCUGUUGUCUUGGUGCUGGCUCGGCAAGCGUGGUUGGCUGAAGGCCCUGGUGGUCUGGGGGAACGUUUUCGUCCCGCCCCUGGUCGGGGCAGCCGCCAAGCUUCUGCCCUGCUUCUCCACUCAGGCUGGGGGCCCACGGAUCCUCAUGUACGAGGCUGCCUUUGGCACGCCCUGCGUCGCCAACUUUUCGCUUCUCCUGAAGCUGCCGCGAUUUUGGCUGGCUGCUGGGACGAGCCUCCUGCUACUUCUUCUGGGACCCCUCUUGUGGCUCGCGCUGGCAGCGAGGGAUCUGGGGAAGGAGCUCUGGGACGAACGGAGGGAGACAGUGGCCUUCUUGGUGGCGGGCUACAGGCCAACGUUCCGAUGGUGGGAGGUCAUGGUCCUUGGGAGAAAAGCAGCCAUCUUCGUUGUGGCGACGUUGCUUCCCAUGUCCUGGGCACCCGGGGCUCACUUGGUCUAUCUCCUGGGCAUCAUGAUUGUGGCAGAGCUCCUACACAUCACCAUCCGACCAUAUGCCAGCACUCUAUUAAACCGACUGGAAGCACAGAUGCUGGGAAUCUCCUCGGCGUGCUUGGUGCUUGUAAUUUCUUUGCUAGUCGAGUGGCCUUUCAUGCCCUACGCCAUUUACGUUGCAAGCAGCGCUCUCUUCUUCGCACUUACCAUCGGGGUUUACAUGUACUUUCUCUGGCUCUACAUCCGCAGCGCAUUCGCCAAGACGCCCGACAUGGGGGAAGAGGACAAAGCAGAGGAGCAGGGCUAA